AAAAUCGUGAGUAUAAUAGUUCAACUAACAAACAAAAUCAAGUACAAGGACCUUCCACGUCAUACGCCAAAAACUUUUGCUUCAAAAUAUAAACUCUCACCUCACCUAUACUACUACAUAGUUUUUCUUUCUUUCUUUCUUUUACACAUUUAAAACGCACAAACACUUGAUACUAUGGCUGAAGCUUCCAACUUCCUGGCAACUCAACGGAUUGCAGUUGUAAGUGGAGGCAACAAAGGGAUAGGAUUAGAAAUAUGUAGACAACUAGCAGCAAAGGGGAUAGUGGUGAUUUUAACAGCAAGAGAUGAGAAAAAAGGGAAUGAAGCUGUUAAUAAUAUGUUAAAGAUGGAUGGCCACUCUAAUUAUAAUAUCAUUUUUCAUCAACUUGAUGUGACUGACAUUUCUAGCAUUGUAAGACUCAAAGAUUUCAUCCAGGACAGAUUUGGCAAGCUUGAUAUUUUGGUGAAUAAUGCGGGAGUUCUUGGAGUGCUUUUGGAUAAAGAUGUUAUUAUAAGCUCACAACAAGAUUUAUUCUAUGAGAAGAUAAAGGUAGCCACUCAAACUAGUGAUUUUGCUGAAGAAUGUAUAAAAACAAAUUACUAUGGUGCAAAAUGGAUGAUACAAGAAUUAUUACCUCUACUUCAAUUAUCUGAUUCACCACGUAUUGUCAAUGUCUCCUCUACUGGUGGAAAAUUAGAGUAUGUACGCAAUGAAUGGGCUGUAGGAGUCUUAAAUGAUUGUGAUAAUCUAACAGAAGACAAAGUGGAUGAGGUUUUGAAUGUUUUUCUCAAAGAUUUCAAGGAGGAUUUGUUAGAAAGCAAAAAUUGGCCUCAAACUAUAUCUGCUUAUGUUGUAUCAAAAGCAGCACUAAAUGGUUACACAAGAGUAUUGGCUAAGAAAUACCCAAAUUUUCUCAUAAAUUGUGUAUGUCCAGGUUCUGUGAAAACUGAUUUACGUUGCUAUUCUGGCAUAUUGACUAGUGAAGAGGGUGCUCAAAGUCCUGUUUGGCUUGCUCUUUUACCUCAGGGAGGUCCAUCAGGAAACUUCUACAUUAGGAAAGAGCUCUCACCUUUCUAAUCAAAUUGAAAAUCUCA